AUGUUUUCCAACUACAGGAAAGAGAUGCACCUCGAUCUGACAGCCGGGGCUCAGAGAUUGAUAUUACACAAGGACUUGUGGUGGGACGAUUGGAUAUUGAUGCUAUCAUGGAUUCUUCUCCUCGCGAACUCAGUUGUUAUGACCGUCAGUGUCAGCCUUGGCUUCGGUAUGCAUCUCUUGAACAUCGCUUUCACCAAUCGCGAGAAACUAUUGUUACUCGUCGGCUACGACAAGACCCGAGUUUUUGUCUGGGUUAUCAUGGUUUCUAUGAAUCUUCUAAUGUUUUGCGAUGCUCUCUACUCAUGGGUUGAAUGCCAGCCUUCUCGCAAGCACUGGGAGAUAUUCACGGACGGCACCUGCUGGAGUCCCGACAUUGCUGUCAAGUUCGGCAUCGCUGCCGGCGCAUACUCGGGCUGCAUGGAUGUCGUCAUGGCGAUUCUUCCUUGGAGAAUAAUCUGGGAAACUAGAAUGGAGCGCAAAGAAAAGAUUGGUGUUCUGGUUGCGAUGAGCAUGGGACUGUGUGCUGGAGCUGCGGCUUUCGCUAAAUGCUCUCAGAUACCACAGAUCUCACUAUUUGACGAGACUUACACAGGAGCCAGCCUAGUCAUAUGGGGUGCCACCGAGCCGGCCAUUACAAUCGUGGGAGCUUCAAUCCCAGCACUUCGGGUGCUUCUAACGGAUUUCAAACAUCUCACACAGCGGCGUCUGUCUGAUCAGUCCGAAUCACAAGGGUCGAACUUUGAUUUCUGGAAUGAUGGUUCCAGACAAAGUCGUCGUUCUUUGUUCAAAUGGGACAUAUUUGGAAGCUCAAAAUCAGUGAACCCGUCACAAGUGACGGAGACGGCAUCCAGUAUAAGCUGCAGCAAUACCGCGACUCUUGCCCCUCCAGCAGGCCUUGCCGCUCAUCUUUGGAUACCCGAUUCUACGCAAAGCUCUCCUACAUUCAAUUGUGAAGUCUUUGGGUCCUCUGAGACAGGCGAGCUAGGAGACACGACACACAAAGCACCAAUAGCGGUCCCAAAGCCGAUGCGACCAGCAUUAAGCCACAAAUAUCCAAAUCUGAGCCAGCAGCUUGAAGAUUUCUUGUGGAGCCGGAGCAAUAGUUAUGCUGGAACCCUCAAUGACUCCAUAUAUGAAGGCGAAACCAGUCCAGUACUCAAUACUGUAACGCUAAGCCAUGCCACAAGUGCGAGAGCCUUCAAGAACCGCCUUCUUGGGGCCAAAAAGCACGUUGAAAGUGUUUCCAAAGCGGCAAAUAAGAAUUGUAGUGAUCGGGAUGCUUGGAUUCAAAGCAGCGUCUUAGAAGAUGGACGGGGCGACAAAGGCCCGCUUCUACUGCAUAGUGGCGCUCCUGAUCGCUUUGUUGUUGUGCAGACAACAGAGAUUACGGUCGAGUUCGAAUGA